AUGGACAAGAAGGAUGUCGAGGUGACAGGACAGGCAGCAGCUGGCAAAAGAACAAGGAAGUUGGGGAUGAUGACUCUAGCUGGGGUCUUUGUCUUGUUAGCUGUCCUGGGACAGACAAGUGGCCAUUUUGGUCCUAAUAUUGCUAGAGAUGGAAAAGUGACUCAGUCCUCCUUGGGGUGGCAAGGUGUUCCCGAAAGGGCCAUUGAUGGGAAUCGUGCCAGCAACUGGGGAAAGAGAUCCUGUACCCACACAAGCAGACAAACAAAACCAUGGUGGAGACUGGACCUCCUGAAGAAGUAUAAAAUCGACACGGUCACCAUCACCAACAGAAAAGAUUGUUGCCACAAAAGAAUCAAUGGUGCCGAGAUCCGCAUCGGAAACUCCCUCAAUGACAAUGGCAAUGCUAAUCCCAGAUGUGCUGUCAUUUCUUCCAUCGCAGCUGGGACCUCCAAAACCUUUAUGUGUGAUCUCAUGGAAGGCCAAUAUGUGAACAUUGUGAUCCCUGGAAGAAAAGAAUACCUGACAUUGUGUGAGGUGGAGGUCACUGGGACAGAAUCAAAUGAUUCCAUUGAAAAUCCCUUUGGUUGA